AUGUCUCGCCAGAAGGACUUUUUACGGGUUUACCCAGGUUUGAACGACUUUGGUGAUGCGCUAGAAGCAAUACCGCUUGAAAUGGUAAGGCAUUUUACUUUGCUCAAAGAAAUUGAUGCUAAGUGCGCUGAUACAGGCCCCCAGAUCAGCUCUUUGAUUGAUGUGUUUAUGAAAACCCCUCUUGAUGCCCCCGAACGUGAGGACAAAGCUGAAAGACUGCGCCAAACACUCCGCGAAUUUAUGCCAAGUUUAGAAGAGAAGAUGCACGUCGCAAGUAUGGCAGCCGAAACAAUGACGAAGCAUAUAGAGCGCAUCAACGCGGACUACGCAUUGAUAGUUGAAAAUGAGAUCCCUGAACAUAUCCAAGUUGACUAUGAUGACCCAGCGCUCACAGAAAUCAAAGUGGUAGACAAGCAGGGAUCAACGAGAUCUGAGGCUCGACGAGAAGCUGUCGCAGCCCGUCGAGCAGCGGCAGCUGCUGCUACUUUUGCCGACGCCAAAACAGUGGCUUCUGGCGCCAACAAUUCGGCUUCAAGAUCAGGCGGAGUAAGAAAUCGUGCCCGUACAUCAACUCCUCAGCCAUAUGGUAACGUGAGCAAUAACGGUGCACCUACCGUCAACAAUGUUUCAAAUAACGUCAACCCUCCAGGUGGAGACCGCAGCUAUGACAGGUCAACCAAGCGGCAACGAAGACAAGAGGAUGAAUCGGAAACAGAAUUCCUCCCGCCAAACCAUAUUGUUGCCGGAUCAGGUCCUGUGCCCAGUCGCCGCCGUAGAGCUCUGCAAGAGAAAGAUGAGCCUGUGUACUGUUACUGCGAGCAAGGCUCCUAUGGGGAUAUGGUUGGUUGUGACGGACCAGAUUGCAAAAGAGAGUGGUUUCAUUUGGGAUGUAUCGGACUUUCUUCGCCACCUCGUGGUCAGUGGUUUUGUAAUGACUGUCGUCGCCAACAGGCGCAACUUGGCACCGUUGCAACAGUCUCUCGGAGAGCUCGCUAA